AUGAACCAUGGUGUGCUGCGAAUCGCCGGUCUUGCCGUCGUCACCUUUGUCGGUGUGCCGGCGAUCGCUGAAACCGACCCGGUCGACGCCGAAUUCUGCAUCGAGUGUGUGCAGGUACGGGUCGGGCCGCCCGUUGUCGUGCGAGGACCAUUCCCCGACGAACUCGAUGCGCCCUUCACCGCCUUGCGACUCGCAGACGGAUCGUUCCGCGGGUUCAGCGCGAACGGCUCGACCUAUGCCAUUGAAGGGGCCAGCCUCUUGGACCUGGAUGGCCCUCGCCGGGAGGUUCUGCGGGCGGGCAAUUCCGGGCAGGAGAGCGAGUGCGGACGCUGGCUGACCUCUGCGGUGCGGUCGGAGAACGCGGUUCUCGGCUUUGUGCACCAGGAAAGCAUUUGCGAUUAUGGCCCCCAGGGCCAGACCGACAAGACGAUGGCCAUCGCGACAUCGUCUGACGACGGGCUGACAUGGAUCGAUCUGGGCACAGUCAUCAGCGGACGGGAUUCGCCACGGCCGGGAACAACCUCCGGCGAGGGUGACUGCACAAUGGUCGACGGGACGGAUGGCUAUCUUUACGCCUACUGCCUGCGAAACUCCGACUGGCAGACAAUCGUUGCCCGGGCCCGGGCGACCGAACCGGCGGUGUGGCACAAAUUCUACCAGGGCGACUGGACUGAACCGGGACUGGACGGCGAGGCGACGGCUAUCGGCUUUUUGGGGCCGGGCGCAGGCUACCUUCAGCAACACGACCGGGUUGCCACCGUUACCAACGAUCCCUGGUUCGGCGGGGUGCGGUUGUCAUUUUCGGCCGACGGGGUUUCGUUCGUGGACCUUGAAGAGCCACUUAUCGCCGUUGACGGUUCUGACUGGAACCGCCCGGCCGACACCGAUCUGAUCGCCUAUGUCACCAUCUUGAACCCCGAAACCGGAAGCAACGCCGUCAAUGAUCGGUUCUUGCUGAGCUACGUCUAUGUGCCCCCCGGAAAGGGGUUCGAAAACCGCUAUCUUGUCCAUCACGAGGUGGCGCUGUCGAUCGAGACCGCGCCGGUUCCCGUUCAGUCCAGCCUGGCGCUGACCCGCUGGGCCGACCCCACCCAAGAGGCUUACCUCGCGUCCUCCGGGCCAUUGACGGGCGAGAGACUCGGGUACCGGCAAGACAGCAUUGUGGCCUAUUUGAUGACCCGCGCGCCCGACGGCGCGGCCAGCGUCAAGGUCGCCGAGUGUUCAAGAGAUUGGUCCGGGCAACUGGGCCAUCAGCUCGCCGAGGAUGACGGGUGUGGAAACGGCUAUGUCCGUCAGCGGACGGCGGGCUGGCUCUAUCGGGACGAGCAGCCGGGCACGGUGCCCGUCUAUCGCUGCAUCAGCGAAACAAGGAAUUUGAGACAUGUCACUUUCUCAACGCGCAACCUGGUCUUUCUGAUCGCCAUAUUGGCGAUGAACUACACGCUUAUGCGCCCCUCUCCCGUCGAUCUGCUGUUCAUCGGGUCGCUGCUGAUCACCCUCUUGUACCUGACGGUAUCUGAAACAACGGUGAUCACACGCAGAGCGAUCUAUCUGAUGCUGAUUUUGGGCGCGUGGGCGGUGUCCUAUUUCCUGGCCUCACUGCCUCAUCUUGGCGAGGAAUUCGUGGCCUUUGAGCUUUUGGCCAAGAGCUUUGCCAUAUCGAUUGGCUUUAUCGGUGGCGCCGUGUCGAUGAGUUGGGGUCGCCAAAACUUCGAGACCUUCAUCAAGAUCUAUGUCGUAUCGUGCGUGAUUGCCUCGAUACUGGGGACUAUCGGCUUUCUGAUACAACAUCCGUUGCUGACCUGGGACGGUCGCGCGAAGGGUUUGAUCGACGACCCCAACAUGUACGGGUCUUUCCUGAUCCCGGGCCUUAUUUUCUGCGCCUAUCUGAUACCGCGCGCUCGAAUCAGCAAAUGGCUUGUGCUUGGUGCCAUGGGCAUCAUCCUGCUUGGCAUCAUGCUCUCCUUCUCGCGCAUCGCGCUUGUCGCGGCGCUGCUUUGCCUGUUUGCCUACAUUUUCUUUGAGAACCGCAAGCGGCCGCGGCGGCUGAUCCUGAUCGUUGGCGGGUUUUUGCUCGCUGGCCUCACGCUCUUUUUGAUUGCCAGCCUCACCUCGGCCGAUUUCACGGAAAAGCUUCUGGACCGCCUGACCUUCGCCAAGGCCUACGACCUUGGAGAGGAUGGCAGAUACGGACGCUAUCUGCAGGUCUUGCCGAUGAUAAUUCAGGAUCCGAUCGGGGUUGGCGUGCUCCAGCUCGAGAAAAUCUUCCCCGAGCCCAUCCACAACAUCUGGUUGAGUUCGUUCGUCAACUAUGGUUGGGGCGGUGGCAUCGCCUGGGUCACGCUGGUCGUCGGAAGCUUCGUGGUGUCCAUACGCAACUAUCGGCGAACGCGCGAGCCGAUCGUUAUCGCCCUGUUGUGGUCGCUGAUCGGCGUUAUCCUGUGCGCCUCGCUGCACGAGGGCGAACACUGGCGCCAUAU